AUGGGAACGGUCAAACUUGAGUGGAAGAAGGCUGCUAGUCGCUACGUCCAUUAUCAUAGCGCAGAUGAGACGAGAAAAGAGAAGAAUCGGCAUAAAAAUGAAGCAGAGACCACAGCUGCGCCUGUGAAGAUGUCCUCAGAGCAGGAGGAGAAGGGGGAGGAGGACGUUGAUGAAGAUGAGAAGGAGAGAAAAGAGGAGAACAGGAGAGAGAGGAGGGAGAGGAGGAGGAAGAAGAGAGCGGCCGAGGUGGAGGAGCUGACCAGUGCUGGACACCAGGCUCUGAAACAGGGACAAGCCCAGGAGGCUUUGCAGCUCUUCAGAAGAGCACUAAAGGCCGCCAGCCAGCUGGGGGAGUCCCGUGUGGUGUCAGCCUGCUGCUUGAACCUGGGUGCAGUGCUGGUAGAGACUGGGGAUCCUGAGUCUGGAUUGGACUACCUGGGCAAAGCACAGCCUGGAUCCAAGUCCCAGCGCCUCCCUGACCUCCAGUUCAACCUGGCACUGGCCCAUAAUGCUCUGGGGGAGAGGCAAAAGGCGGUAGAGCAUUUCCUCCAGGCCGCACAGCUGUACAGCUCACAGGGAAACAGUCUGGAGGAAGGACACAGCUGCUGGGAGAUGAGCCGCUGCCACGCCCUGGACAAGGAGCACUCAUUAGCGAUUAGCGGCUACCUGCGGGCCGCUGAGAGCUACCGCGUGGCUAACAUGCAGCACUCUGCUGCUGUGGCCUUAAAGGAGGCGGCCUCUCACAUGGUCCAGGCAGAGUCCAGCCCCAGUGAUGUCACCAAGGUCCUGUCUGACUGCCUUAGCUUGACUGACAGCAUCACAGACCAAAGCAUUCUGGGUGAGUUGUACCUAUCAGUGGGCGUGGUCUUCUGUCAGGUGCGCUCCUUCCAGGAGGCAGUACAGUGUUUCCAGAAAGCUCUAAGCCCCGCCUCCCAGCUGCAGGAGCGCCCUCUGUUGGCCAAAGUACUGCUGAACCUGGGGGCAGCUCUGAAUGCUGUGGGGGAGUUUAAGGCUGCACUGGAGUACCACCGCCUGGCUGCUAAGCUCUAUGGAUCCCUGGGGCUCCGUGGACAACAAGCACAGUGCUUCAGUAACCUGGCACUGGCCUGUCGUCACCUUGGAAACGACGAGGAGGCCAUUGAGAGCUUCAACCACGCACUGCAAGGGUUCACUGACUCAGAGGAGCACAGCGCACAAGUGCAGGUGUGUGAGGCUCUGGCUGAAGUCUAUCUGAAGCAGAGGAAGCAGCACAAAGCCAUUCAGCUGUACAGACAGGCCCUGCUCUCCCUCAGCCACUGUCAGGACUCAGAGGGCGUGGGCCAGCGGCUGGUGGAGCGUCUUACUGCUGCUCUGCGCAUCACGGUGGCACAGAGGCCACGCCCCUUUGGACAGAUCAGGCCACACCCACUGAGCCCCCUUUCGAGAAGACUGGACACACCAAGUCCCACAAAAGUACUUAGUCAGCAGAGAGACGACUCAAAAGGGGAAGGGCCAAGCGAGCCAUGGUCCGACCGGGAGCUGCACACUGACAGUGAAGUGUCAUUGGUCCAAAAGACAGAAGACCCACCUCCUGACACUCCUGACAGUGUGCAGACUCCUCCCCUUUUGAAGAGGCUGCGCUCCAGGUUCUGCUCGCUCAUGUAA